ACGUCUAAAGCGCUGUGUCUCAGCAUCCCUGUGUUUCGUGAAAAAUUUCUUUUUCGUGUUUCGUGAAAAAAUUGUCGUUCCUAUUUGCUUCAAUUGUGCUAAAAGUGUGAAGUGCAGUGUAUUUUUAUUGAUAAAAUAUAAAAUCGCGCAUAACGAAAAGUUUGGAGUGCUAUAUAUUUGGUUGCUUUCGAGCAAAGUACUAAAAGUGCGCAGUCAAAUGGAUUUACACUGAAUUUUCUUCGGGGAAGUUGUGACGACUUUGUUCAUCAUUAUUCUCCUCACAUACUUACUUCCCAAUCGACGGUUAUCGCAUUUUCACGAAAACUGCUUGUUGUAUAUCUUAGUGCAGAAAUGCAAAAUUAAGAUUAUCUAGUUCCUGGACUGGUUGACUCUGCUCCCAGUAACGUUGUGUUUUUUAUACACAGAGUGUUUACGAAAGUAAAGGCACGACCUGCGUAGCGCUCUAUCUGUUAAUUUCGUUGUCCAAGUAGUUGGUGAUAUCAAACAUCAAAAUGAGUGGUGGCAGCAUAUCUUCCGGACCUGCUCCAAUUGAGAAAGAUAAGGAUUCACAUUGGUACUUUAGUGCGGAACAGCUAAUCAACUCGCCGAGUCGGCGGCAAGGAAUAGAUGCCGACACUGAACUCUCCUACCGUCAGAUGACUGCUUAUCUUAUUCAAGAAAUGGGACAACGACUGCAGGUCUCUCAACUUUGCAUUAAUACUGCCAUUGUUUACAUGCAUCGAUUCUAUGCAUUUCAUUCCUUCACGCAUUUUCAUCGCAAUAACAUAGCAGCAGCGAGUUUAUUCUUAGCUGCUAAGGUGGAAGAGCAGCCUCGAAAAUUGGAGCAUGUAAUUAAGGCUGCUAACAAGUGCCUUAAUCAGCCCACCUCUUCCACCACGGACGCUUACUACAUAGAGCAGGCGCAAGAACUUGUAUUUAAUGAAAAUGUUCUUCUUCAAACCCUUGGAUUUGAUGUGGCUAUAGAUCAUCCGCAUACACAUGUCGUGAAAACAUGUCAUUUAGUUAAAGCAUGCAAGGAUCUCGCACAAACCUCUUAUUUUUUGGCUUCUAACAGUCUUCAUCUGACGUCAAUGUGCCUACAAUACAAACCAACUGUGGUUGCUUGUUUCUGCAUAUAUUUGGCUUGUAAAUGGUCACGUUGGGAGAUUCCUCAAUCAACUGAAGGUAAACAUUGGUUCCAUUAUGUUGAUAAAACUGUGACUAUGGAUUUGCUUAAGCAAUUGACUGAUGAAUUCAUAGCAAUAUACGAAAAGAGCCCUUCGCGUCUAAAAUCAAAAUUGAAUUCAAUAAAGGCUCUCGCCCAAAAUGCAAGCAACCGGGUGAUUAAUAAAGAAAAAAAGGGAGCAAACGAAGAGUGGAAAAUGGGUGACAUGAUGAAAAUGUAUGCUCACGAUGGUGGUGGCAAUAUUAGUAACAGUAGUCAGCCUUUCGCUACAACCUCCAUCGGCUGCGAGCAGUCUCAACAGCAGGUAUCAGGCCUAUUACCACCUCCACCGCCACAGGCGUCAAUAUCUAGGAAAAGUGAAUUGCACUCCAGUCAACACCGCUCGCAUCACACGUCUCAUCAUUCAAAAAUGAACUUUCCUUCAACAGAUACUCUUGAUCACAAAAGCAGUCACAAACAGUCCUUUAGUGGCGUUGUUAACCGCCCACGUGAUCAUUUGCAAUCGUCUCAGGGACAUCAACAACCAAUGGUUCCAAGUAACUCGUCAAGAUCAAGUCUUUCAGUGCCCAACAGCCGAUCUUUAAGUAGCAUGUCUGGUCAAAACCAACCCCGACAGUCGUUACAAGGCCACCAACUAGAUGUGAAUUAUCACAAAUCUCGUGAAAAAGGAGCUGUUAUGGGUUCAUAUCCACACAAUGCAUCAACACAAGGUCAUUCGGGACACAAAGUCUCACAAAAGCAAGAUCCUAAUCGAGCAUUACAGAAAGAGCAAACUGCCGCCAAAAUGCCUGAACCAAGCAAAAAUUCUAGUAAUAGUAAUAAACUAUUCCCAAGCACAUCGUCAGCUUCAAAUAUACCCCAUUUUGUCGGUAACAAUGCACAGCCAUUAAGUAAAUUGGAUAUUGGACAAGAUUUGUCACGUAAUGUAAUUCAUGGCCAACGUUCAUAUGGGGCUAAUAAUGGUUCUGGUAGUGUACCGAUGUUAGGUAGUUAUCAACCACAACAUGUUAGGCAGGGUAACAAUAGUAGCAGUAGCAAUAACAAGCACGAUUUAUCAAAACCCGCCUCCGUCCAUCUUCAACAACAUAGUAAACAAUCUUCAAUUCCACCUGAGCCUACUUAUAGUAGUGGGGUCCACGAUUCACAACAAACUGCUACUCAUCCGCAAACACAUCCUGCUGCCAGUUAUAUGAUGACUCGACCUUCAGAGACUUCACACAACGAAGAUAUAAAUGCUUCCCAAAUGUCGUCAGUACAUCCAAUCUUACAACAGUCAUCAAGUGCUAACCAAUCUAAAAAUUCCAUAUUUAGUCCUGACUGGAAUCAACAAAGUCAACAACAUCAACAAAUAUCUUCAGCUACGUAUGCCAAUAAUAAUAUUCCAGUUUCUAAUGUGGGCGAAGCAUUUAAUUACAAGUUGUCAUCCAACAAGGAGGGGGAGCAAGACAAAAAUGAUCGUGAACGUUUGGACGUUAAUGCUACGGCAACUAAAAAGGAACGGAACCGAGUUGGCCAUUCUGGCAUGGAUAUGACCAUGAUGAUUGGUGUGCGGCCCACUGCUCUUCCCCCGCAGUAUCAUCAACAAUUACAACCGCAAUCAUCAAAAAUAACCAUGCCAAAGAAAUCUGAUUCUAGCGUCAUUGGCGAAUUUACCGGUAUAAACACUGGUAUUAAACGUCCACACGAAGUUGGAUAUAAACAAGAGGUAGAGCAAAGCAAACUUCGGAAACUUGAUACUCAAGCCACAUUGUCUUCGUAUAACGAAAUAAAGUCUAACGAUGGGAAUAAACUUCAAGUAGUGAAUGGAAUAGAAACAAAUCCUGAUUUAGUAAGAAGUUUAUUAAAGGAGAGCUUAUGCACCUCAAAUGCCCUCCUGAAAACCGAACAGUUGGGUGCGCCUAGCCUUCAACCACCAGCUGAACUUUUCGAGCCAUCGGUGGCUGCAGCUCCGGCCACAGCUACCACUAUUGCAGAUGUAUCUGCAAAAACUGCAAGUUUAAGUAGUGCAAAUGAGCCAUCAUCAAUGGAAAUCACUGAGUCUGGAAGUAGUAAAGUGGAAAAGAAAAAGAAAAAAGACAAGCAUAAACAUAAAGAGAAGGACAAAUCGAAGGACCGCGAAGAACGAAAGAAACAUAAGAAGGAUAAAGACAAACAUAAAGAGCGUGAUCGCAGUGAACUAGACAGCUCGGCCCAUGUAAAGAUUAAAAUUACUAAAGAUAAAAUUGAAGGUGCUGGAGAGUGCUUAAAGAUAAAAAUUCCGAAAGAACGAAUAAUUAGUGAUGUGAACAAUAGUACUGGCAGCGCCAACAGUUCUGCAGAUGGCAGUACCGCCAUGCAUCCGGCACCCGCGUUAAAAAUCAAAAUUAGCAAGGAUAAAUUAGAAAACUAUGCAACAGACUCAUCGACACAUUCAUCCUCACAACAAGCACAGGCGUUGGCGCAACUGCCAACGGGUUUUUAUUCAUCUUUUGUCACACCAAGCAACACAUCGAAUAACACGUCGCAUAGCAGUAGUAGCGGUAGCACUAGUAGUGGAAAAAAGAAAGAUCGUGACCGUGACAAGGAUCGCGAGCGAGAGAAAGAUAAGAAGCGUUUAAAUAACGAAAGUCUCAAAUCGAAUGGCGGUGGGUCCUUUCAUUCUACAAUAACUUUACAAGGAGGAGCGGGUGGAUCGUUGCUCUCACAUCUACCACAAACAGCGGCACCGAAGAGUCAAAAUCCUAACAAGAUGCAACUGUUAUCCAAUAAUAUGAAUCAACUCUUCGGAGAGUCGAAUGAUGAUGAUGACGACUAUGAUGAUAAUCAAAAUGUAGAUCACAAAAACUAUAAGGAUUAUCAUAAGAACAGAGUUCAUAACACCGACUUCUUGACAACUACAUCCAUCAACUCGACGGUUUCUGCGCGUAAAAGCACUAAUUACGGGCAAAAAUAUUCACAAUCCCAUCAGAUGCAACGAUGAUGCAUGUAAUCAUCAUAAAUUAAUUGUUUUAAAGGUGACGCUAUUUUUGGCAGGACUGGCAUACACGCUGUACAUAAAUUGACAUAUAAAUAUUUCACAUAUGUACAUUAGCUGCUACAUACGGAUAACAUAAAAAUUCAAAAUAUCUACAAAUGAAACUAAUGUUUAUUUAUCGUAGAAAAUAAUACAUUUUAUGUUCGGCCUUGUAACAGGUAGGACGUAAAAUAAAAGAAUUAAAAAAAAAAAAUAUGUAUAAUUUUAUUCCAACAUUAAAUAUAAUAAGUACCUUAAAGACACGUAACUUCACUUCAUCGCUACUAAUGCUAAAAAUUGAUAAAGUGAAGUUAAAUAUAUUUUAGCCCAGCGAUCCUCCUGUCCUUGUAUUAUAGCAAAAUCGAUUGAACACAAACACGUUCAUAUGAAACUGGUUAUUCAAGACGUCAGUAUCACAGGUGUAACCGUUUCUGUUUAAGAUAAUUGUCCGUUCUGGGUAACUACUUAAAAAAGUAAAAUUUAACAAUGUAAAUUUAUGUAAAUAAAACGAAUGAAGUAUGUAGUAAGCUUGUAGCCAAGCUUACAUAUAUUAUAAGUGGAGCUAUUAAAAAAAAAUUAGUAAAUCUGGUAAAUAUAGUGACGAUUUGUUUAUGUUGCUUUAUUUUAGUUAAAUGGUUUUAAUUCCUUUCAAUAUUAAUGACCAAAAAAACAAAGAAUUUUUGAGUUAACAAAGUAAUAUUAUGAUCAUGAAUUUGGUUUAUACUCUCAAAUCAAAACAAAAAACAGUUUAAUAUAAAAAAUUGAAAUUAAAACUAAUUGGACAGAGUAAUUAUUCAAUAAAUUAUUCCUUUAAUUUUAUUUAAAAAAAAAAUUGUAUACAAAAAAAAACAAAAACAAUGAAUAAAUAGGAGUGAUGAAAUACAUUAAAUCCAGGAGUUAAAAGUAAUUAAAUAUUUUAUUUCGCAAAUAUAUUUGCAUCUUAAAUAAAUAUGCCAAAUUUUCAUGAUAAACAAUAUAUCAUACAUCUGAACGAUAUUGCAAAUAUUCAAUCAAACUAGUUUCACAAUGAUUACAAUACUAUACUUUUAAAAUGGCAAUAUAUAAAAUGUUAUAGAAAUUACCUAUUAACAACAUAGCAUUUAACUACAUUUAAGUUAGCCGUUAAUUUAAUUUGUAAUUUUUUUAUAGAACUUUUUGCUCUUGUUUUCUAUUUGUUAAUUGAUGAUCUAAAUUUUAACAGUAAUAUUUCAUUUGAAGCAUAUUUACAUCAGCGCUGAAACAAACUUUGCCUUGGAAUGCAUGAGAAAGUUGAAAUGACCAGUUCCAAAAUAAUCUUAAUGUAAAUUACAACACAUUAACAUACAUUCGUCCACAUAAUACAUACACUGAUGCAUUCACAUUAGAUAUAGAAUACGCGACAGCAUGUACGCGCGAAUCAAUUCAAAUUCAACGUAAUAUGAGGUCGUAAAGUUGGGUACAUAAUUAGAAAAAAAAAAAAAAAAAAAA